AUGGCUCAAGGCCUUUUUGUACUGAUUGGAGGCAGUAUAGCAUUCAUGGUGGCAGUAUUUAUCUAUGUGAGCAUUCUUAUCAAAAAAAGACAGACAUUAGAUCUGCCAAUCAAGAAAGCUGCAAGGAAACUCGAAUUACCAGAGGACUCCGGUUAUCUAAAAGUGCCCGUUGAGGAUAUCUAUUCUGCCACGAACAAUCUUAACGAGUCGAAUUGCAUUGGUGAAGGGACAGCAGGAAGGGUGUACAAGGGCAUUUUGUUUGAUAACCAAAAUGUAGCAGUCAAGCACAUCAUUAAGGAUGGAUGCAUGGAGACCUUUCUUAGGGAAGUCAGAAGCUUAACACACGUUCGCCAUCCAAACCUCGUCGCCUUGCUAGGUUAUGGUACAAAUGACGAGGAACGCUUCCUGAUUUAUGAACUUUGCCCCAAUGGCAAUAUGGCACAGUGGCUAACAGGAAUGGAUACAGCUCUAUCCUGGAUUAAGAGGCUCGAGAUUGCUAUCGAUAGUGCUCGAGGUCUGCAGUUCCUCCAUACAUACCCCGAAGGCAGCAUCAUCCACCGCGACAUAAAGCCAACAAACAUCCUACUAGGAAAGAAUCUUGAAGCAAAGCUUUCAGAUUUCGGCCUGUCAAAAGUUAUUGAUCAAGGCAAAUCCUAUGCAAGCUCAGAGGUGAGAGGAACCUUUGGUUAUGUUGAUCCGGAGUAUCAAUGCAACCGACGAGUAAAUUCAGCAGGUGAUAUCUACAGUUUUGGAAUUGUGCUUCUGCAAAUCCUCUCUGGAAGGAAAGUUAUAAAUAUGAAUAUGGAAACACCAGUCCCACUGAACAAAAUUGCCAAAUCCAUUAGUACUAAGGAAGGCAGCACAUUCGGGUUUGUUGAUCCAAGACUUCAUGGAGAGUACUCAGUAGAGGCUUUUGAAGCCACAUUUGCCCUAGCUCUGGCAUGCACUGCACCAACGCAUCAAAGGCCUUGUAUCAAAGAAGUUGUCACAAAGUUAGAAGAGGCCCUUGCCAUAUCAAUGAAGGCAAAAGCAUCAAGUCCUCAAUCAACACCACAGCAGUCUACUCUAUUUUAACAGUAUAUAUAUAGCAACUAGGAUUUAUUGCAAAUUUUUUAGUUAAUUCACUAUAGCAAUUUGAAUCAGUAGGUAAAUUGUGAUGAGUCCACGUUACAAGGUAGACCCGGGUCCAU